AUGGAGUACAUGAUCAGAUUCAGCCAAGUCCACGAGACGUUCCGUCUCGCAGAAAUUACUGCCCUGGCCGUGGUCGAGGGAAUCGAACUUGAAGUUCUUUCCCACAGUCUGAGUUCACCAUUCUGCUUUGUAAAAGUGCCAUCCGAGGAAGCGGGCAUCAGGUUGGUAAGAAGAAGCAUUCUGGCCAAAGCAAUCUAUGAAGUUUGGGGGAACGGCUCCUCGUAUGAUGAUCUUUUUGACAAUGUUCGAGGGGUGUCACAGCAUUUGUGGCCCCUGUACAAGAACUGCUCAUUCAAAUUCUCCGUCGAUACAUUCCAAGGAUCCAGGACCAAUUCAGAGCAGCGCAAGCUGAUUGAACGCUUUGAUUUCCUUGGAUUUGAAGGACCAAUCAAGAUGAAAGGUGCGGAACAAGAGUUCUGUAUCGCAGAGGAAUGGCCUCUUCGUGCUGCUGCUCUUGGUAUCAGUGAGCCACACUCUAUCCACCUCGGGCGAUUUCUGGGCGCCAGUGAGAGAGAUGUCGUUGCCAAGUAUGAUCUCAAGAAGCGGAAGUAUAUCAGCACUACGUCCAUGGACGCUGAACUUGCACUUAUCACAGCCAAUAUUACUCUGGCCGGCCCGGGCAAACUUUUCUAUGACCCCUUUGUUGGCACUGGUAGUUUUCCAGUAGCUUGCGCCCAUUUUGGUGCCCUGGCUUUCGGGAGUGACAUCGAUGGACGUAGUAUCAGGGGGAAAGGCAAGAAUAAUCUUCGGGCCAAUUUUGUUCAGUAUGGACUUACAGAGCAACUCGGAGACACCUUCGUUGCAGACCUGACAAACACACCCUUACGAGCGGCGAGGCUCUUUGAUGGCAUUGUAUGUGAUCCACCAUAUGGUGUUCGUGAGGGGCUGAAAGUUCUUGGAAGCCGAGAUCCUACAAAAGGGAAGGAAAUAGUAUUCAUAGAUGGAAAGGCUUAUCAUACUGUCGAAGGAUACGUUCCGCCAAAGCGGCCAUACAGUUUCCUUGCGAUGUUGGACGAUAUCCUGAACUUUGCAGCUCUUUCACUGGUUGAUAAUGGUCGACUGUCAUUCUGGAUGCCCACAGCAAAUGACCAGGACCAAGAAAUCCAAGUUCCGCAACACCAAUGUCUCGAAUUGCUCAGUGUUUGCACCCAGAAUUUCAAUAAAUGGUCAAGAAGACUCAUAACCUACAGACGGAUCCCUGACAGCGAGGUCUCUGCGGCACCCAUUAAGGAGCAAAGAACCAAGGAAAAUGGGGUCAGUGCCGACGACCUUAAUCCCUUUAGGAAAGGAUACUUCCAGGGAUUCAAAUCGGUAUCUACAUGA